GAUAUCAAGUUUGAAAUUCAUCUGAUAUUUGUGCUGUUUUCUGAUUGUAACAUUUCCUUUAUUUGAGUUUCUGUCUCCUGUGAAAAACAAAGGCCAUUACAGAAAUGUCAAAUAUUAGCUUUCUUGAGUUCCAGUACAAGCUUUCAAGAAACAAGCUUCUACGAAAGCCAUCCCGAUUGUUCUCUUCCCGUGACAGACAAAGCUCCAGCACUCUACCCAGUUUCCAGGUGAAUUUGAAUGAGAUGAGGCAAGUUUUCAAUAAGUUUGAUUCCAACAAAGAUGGCAAAAUUUCUCAGCAGGAGUACAAGGCAACACUCAGAGCUUUAAGACAAGACAAAAUGAUAGCAGAAGUGCCAAAGAUCUUCCAGGUAGUUGAUUUGGAUGGAGAUGGAUAUAUCGAUUUCAGAGAAUUUAUUGAAGCGCAGAAGAAAGGAGGAGGCAUUAAGAUGGUAGACAUUCAGAGUGCAUUUCAAGCAUUCGAUUCUAAUGGAGAUGGAAAGAUAACUGCUGAGGAAGUUAUGGAAGUCUUGAGGAGGCUUGGCGAGAGAUGUACCCUAGAAGAUUGCCGGAGAAUGGUGAGGGCAGUUGAUACUGAUGGUGAUGGAAUGGUUAACAUGGAUGAGUUUACAACCAUGAUGACUCAAACUUUGGUUUCUAGUUAAAAAGAUUUAUGCUUUGAGUUAGAAGGGCUUCUGUUACUUGUAAUCCUUUCUUAGACAUGCACAAGUAAAACUCAUUGCAGAUUGUCAUGUGGUGGACAUGGCAAAGAAUCUACUUAAUAUAUUUGCUUAUAAAUCAGAAUAAAGUUUUUUAUUAUUAUAUUUUCUUU